AUACCCCACUAUAUUAAAAGUUCAUGCAUUCUUUCCAGUACACCAUUUUGGCCCAUGCUUUCUUCCAUAUUUUUUUUUUUCCCACUCUUUCCCAUUUGCUUUUCUGCCCUCUUCCUUGGCUUGCUAAUAAAAAGGCCAAACAAACUCUUUUUUCUCUGUACUUUUUUCUUAAGACAUUCUCGAUUUCACAGCAAACUUGGUAGUUUUCUGAGGUUGCACAGGCUGUGAUUUUCCUUUUUUUUUUUUUUUUUUUUGGUGUAGUUUUAGAAAAUGGGUAUCAUCUCAUUGGUUACUGGAAGGCCAGGCCAAAGUGGGUUUGGAUCAGCUUCAACUGCUGAACAGGUUACAGAAGGGAUUGAUGCAACCAACCUCACUGCCAUUGUUACUGGCGGAGCAAGUGGAAUUGGGUUGGAGACGUCUAGAGUUUUGGCUCUUCGAGGUGCUCAUGUAGUCGUUGCUGCAAGAAACAUGGAAGCUGCAAAUGAAGCAAAACAGCUUAUUCUUAAAGACAACAAGAAAGCUCGUGUCGAUGUUCUCAAACUCGAUCUGUCCUCAGUCAAGUCUGUCAGAGCAUUUGCUGAAAGCUUCUCUGCUCUUAAUCUCCCCCUUAACCUUUUAAUAAACAACGCUGGUGUCAUGUUUUGCCCAUACCAGAUUUCAGAAGAUGGAAUAGAGAUGCAAUUUGCGACAAACCAUCUUGGUCAUUUCCUCUUAACCAACCUUCUCCUCAACAAAAUGAAGGAUACAGCAAGAACCACAGGUGUUGAAGGCAGGAUCGUGAAUUUAUCAUCAAUUGCUCACCUCCACACUUAUCAACAUGGAAUUCAAUUUGAUAAAAUCAAUGAUAAGUCUAGCUAUUCAGACAAGAGAGCAUAUGGUCAAUCCAAAUUAGCUAACAUAUUGCAUGCCAACGAGCUUUCACGUCGGUUGCAGGAAGAGGGUACCAACAUUACAGUCAAUUCUGUCCACCCAGGAUUAAUAAUGACUCCUCUCAUGAGGCAUUCUCAGCUCUUAAUGAGAACUUUGAAGUUGUUUUCCUAUUUCUUAUGGAAGAAUGUACCUCAGGGAGCAGCCACAACAUGCUAUGUUGCACUCCAUCCAAACCUAAAAGGUGUAAGUGGGAAAUACUUCCUGGAUUGCAAUGAGAUGAAACCAAGUGCAUAUGCUAGAGAUGAGAAGCUGGCCAAGAGACUCUGGGAUUUCAGCAACAAAUUAGUAGAUUCUGCUUCAAGAACACAAUGAGGAAAAAAUCAACUCCUUUUAUAAUACAGAAUUAUUGAUUAUAUAUAUAUAUAUAUAUAUAACUACUUAUAAGCCUAGAAGCCUUACUAUAUAUCACAGAAACUGUCAGUGAUUUUUCUGUAUCACUUAUGGGUGUGAUUUGGAAACUAAGUUUCAGAUUUGUGGUAGAGCUAGCAUUUUGUGAUCAUUUUGGGGUUUGUUUUGUUUGGUGUAAACUUUGACAGUUUCAUAUAUAUAUAUAUAUAUAUAUAUAUAUAUAUAUUGUAGUGUGAGAUUGUUGAGUGAAAUAAUUAAUUUCCUCUUUUUUUAUUUA